AUGCGCCUUUCUGAUGUGUGCCCCGAGUUGUUCGAGGCAAUCGUCCAGGUGUAUGGUGGAUCAACCUCCCGCGUGGACGCCUAUAUCUGCCAAAUCCUCACUCUAGACAGCGCGGGGCCCCAUCUCAACGGGCUCGCCGGGGCCCCCCAAGCGGAGGCAGAGGACCCAGAAGAGUUGCCAGGGCCCGCCGAGUCCCGUGACGUAGCGUCGCUCGAGGCAGAGACAGGAAAAGAAGCAGGGGAAGGAGGAAGCUGCGAGGUAUUCAACAACGAAUACAUGUGGAUGGCGGAGCUGCCAGACUUUCGAGAAGUGUGCGCAGAGACAAACGCAGAGGCUUCUGCUGCAUGCGGGCCCGCAGGCCAGCUCAUCAGUCUCCGUCUCGGGGGCCCUUGCGACUGGCUCGCGCUCGAUCCCCGGCGAGUGAAGGAGACACUUGAUGCGUUUGCUUUUCACGCCAAAUUAGUACAGCCCAGGCAGGUUGUCGCGGAGUUGCAGCAAAUACUCAGCCCGACCAAAGAGCAGCAGUUGCAGGUGCACCUUCAGCUGCAGCUCCAGGCUGCCUUGAAGGCUCGAUCUAGUCUGGGGCGAGAGGCGGAGUAUGAUGAGGCACAGGAGAGGGCAGAGGGUGGGGUGGAGGCUGUCUGGACCUCUGAGCUGUCACGGUGUCUGGAGGACUUGGGGCGCAGUUGUGAGUUGAGGGCUUCGCGGGAGACUGCGGCGGGGAGCAGCGCGUACGAUGUUGCGUAUCUUGUGCCUUACCUAACUGGGCGGCUGACGACGGCCUGCUUUGUUUUGCUGUGGCGGUGGCAGCGGCUCCUUGAGGAGGAACAGGAGUACCAGCAGCAAACGCGCUUGCAGCUGCAGCAUCACCUGCAACAGCAGCAGCAGGAGGAGAAAGACGAGGACAAGUCCACUGCCCCCAGUGGCGAUCCUCUCCUCGCAUUGGGCAUCAACCGCCCCGUGUGCGCAGCGGAGCAGGCGCGCCGGGCCUGUGGCGUGGCGGGGGCCUGGUUGCGGUUCCUGGAGGAGACGGCUCGGAAGCAGGAGGAGGAGACUGGGAACGUCUCCUCCACCGAAGGCCCUGAGUUGGAGUCGGAAGGCCGUGGCGAGUCUGUCACGGAGCAGGCUCGCCGGGCCUGUGGCGUGGCGGGGGCUUGGUUGCGGUUCCUGGAGGAGACGGCUCGGAAGCAGGAGGAGGAGACUGGGAACGUCUCCUCCGCCGAAGGCCCUGAGUUGGAGUCGGAAGGCCGUGGCGAGUCUGUCAGUGCGGAGCAGACAAACGAGACACCUGAUGAGACGGGCCCUGAGGCAUCCGAGACCCCUGCACAGCAGACCAAACGACGCAGAGAGGAUGUCUGGGAGAUGGAUGAAUUCAAUCCCCAAGAAGUGCAGCCGGCCGUCACGCGUGUCAGUACCUUCUUAAAGGCUGCGAGGCGCGUCAGGAGGCUGUGGCGGCCGCUAUCUUCCAGCAGUGAGGAAGCACAAGGGGAUGCUGCAGAUCGAGAACAGGAGACAGCAGCACGCAAACUCGAGGCAUGGGGGGCAGCAAUCGACGACGGAGACCAAUGGCUCAGCAGCUUCGCCUCUGGAGGGGGCCUUCAACUCCUCAUUAUGGCCCUCGGAUGCCCCGAUUCAUCCACGCGGGCGGCAGCUGCUCAGGGCCUUGCGGUGUACACGCAUCUUUUGCAGCUAUCAGCAGACAGGUCGUUGCUGUGUCACUUUGCGGAAGUGCAUGCAUUCAACAUGCAGAACCGCAAGCGGCAUUUGAGUGCUGCUGCUGCUAAAGGCCGCGGGUCUCGGCGACGGGAGAUGCAGCACCGGCACAAAGCCGCCACAUUUGCUUUCCGAGAAGUCAAGCAGCUCCUGACGCUGCUGAACUCCCUCAUGGCCUCAAUUCAGCAGCAGCAGCAAUCUUCAACAGACGGAUGCCAAACACCUGUACCAGCUAAAAUUGUUAUACAGGCUGUCUCUCCCGUUGUAUGCAGUUUUGCUGCUGCUGCACUGCCGUUCCUCUUCCUGCCAGACCUUCCGCUGUACCCCGUGUUAAACUUUGCGCUGCUAAAGCAUCCAGCGGUCUCCGUGUUGUUGCAGGAGCCGUGCAUGCCCUUGACUUUAGCGGCCUUGCGACAGCCGCUGCUGGGGUCGGAGGGUCUCUUUUCUCGCUUGCUGCUGUCUCCUUCAGCUGCAACCUCGGCAGAGCAGAAGAGAUUUUUGCUGGUAGUGCUGAAGAGGGCCAUGGCGGUGUCGCACUGUCUCGCCGAUGGCUCCGUAGCAGUCAGUAGCCGCCUCCUGCAGGCCCACAGAAUACCUCAGCCUGUAUUGCCCCCUCCAGCGUUGCUUGCGCUAUCCACCUUGCCGGUACUGGGGGAUUUAAUCCACAAGACGUCUCUGGGUCGCAGUGUUCUGGAGGCGCUCUUGCUCUCAACAGCAGCCCCAGCCUGCCUCACAGCGUGCACAUGGUGGGCUCCGCAUGCAGCCUUCUCCCUGACAGCCGCUCAAGCGCAGGUCUGUAGUCUCAGGGCAGCAAAGGAGAGCUCCGCAGAUAUCCAUACAGCGGCGAACGUCCAAGUCCCGCUAGCCACAGUCAACGCCCAGCACCUGCUGCAGCGCUUCGGUGUCGUGGUGGGCUCCGCAUGCAGCCUUCUCCCUGACAGCCGCUCAAGCGGAGCAUCUUCUACAACCGAAAGUAAACUGCUCCACCAGCAAAAACACCUUCAUGCGGUGGGUGGGGGCCAUCGAAUUGGCGGCGUAGGGGGAGGAGAUAGGACGGAGGCUCCGCACGGGGGUGUGGACCCAACACCCAAGUGGCUGUCUCUUAUGAGGGACUGCACGCGUUUUCUGUGGUCUCUGAUUGCCGCCGCAACAUUGGCCGCUCCCCUCCCAGACUGGCCAGCCCCGCGCAUUUGCAUGGGUGGCGGCAGCGUCUCCUGCGCAGAUGAUGGCGGCGCCGCACAAGGAGACCAAGCUGCGGCGAGCGUCGCCGAUAGUUGUGAAGGCGCCGUGCUGCAUGCAAAUUGCAACGGCUGCCCGUCAGUGGAACAGGCAGCACCAUCUGUCACGCGUGGAGAACCAGAGGAGACAGGGCAUGUUGAACCUUUCUGGCCUCUGGAGACAGGCCCUGGGAAUCAGCAUCUGCUGCAGGCCGCACUAAAGGCAAGGCGUCAACUUUUCAAGUUGCGUCAAGGUGCUGAAAGCAGCAGCGGGAAAGAAGAGACUGGUGCAGGCGCUGGCGAGGAGGGAUGUCGAACGCAAACGCGGUCCUCGGUCGGCUUCGGAGACGGGCUGCGUCAGGCACACGCAGCUCGGCAUCUGCUGCUUGACCUCUUACAGGGGCUGCAGCGGAUAGCGCGGGCUUGGUUUGUCUUUGGCGAGGCUGCAUGGGUGUUUGAGGGGGCCCGAGACGGCUACGGCGAAAGCAUCAUGCGGUGUACUGUCACCCCGCCUUGGGCAUCCGACCUGCUGGAUGCGUCGGUUGCGUGUCUCUCAUGUCUCUGGGCAUUGGCGGCGUGUAGCCAGUCUCUUGGUUUGGUUGGGGAUGAGGAGGAUAAUGCGGAUACCUUAGGAACCUUUCAGAAACAACAGGCUGCGCUGGCUUCUGCUUGCUGUGUGGACAUCCUAAGGCUGUGCGCCUGGUCAGCGUCUCUGCAGGCCAAGACGUCCCCGGGCCGCACGCACGAGGAAGUCAUGUGCACGGAGUUGAAUGCAUGCGAAGAUCGGUGUCUUUCUCUUUGGGAAGCAGUGUAUGUUUUUAUUUGUGAGAGAGGGCUCCGGCCGUUGACGUGCCCUGAAAGGGCCCCUAGGCAUGUCUUUGGAGAUAGAGCAGGUAGGAGCCGCUGGGUGCGCCUCGCGUUGCUGCAGAUCCAACGCCUUUGUGGAACAAACAACGAACACCUGCAGCAGCUCAUUGCCGUUGCAGAAGGGCUGUGA